UCUCUCUCUCCCCCCGUUAGUGAACAACACUGCCCCUUCUCUCCUCGCGUCGCCGGCUCGCCGUGGUUCCACUAACAAAAGCCGCCACUUUCUUCCUCUGUUGGUGUGUCUCCGUCUUAGAAACCCUCUGUUCCGCCUCCAUCUCUUUUUUUCUCUCGCCGUCACUCAGUCCCAUUUUCUCCUCCCUUUUCUCUGUUCCAUCAGCUUUCCACCAAGAGCAACUGCAAGCUUCCAGAAAUCACACAAAACAGCGUGUGAUUUCAACAGAGACGACGAAAACGGCAGGCAUUGGGUCUGGGUGUAAGGAUCAUUGAGAUCUCCCGACUCUCUGUUUCUGUAAUCAUUAAGCAUGGGAAACAAGAAGAAGACUGCUUCAAUUUUCAUACGACUUGUAUCGACUGCCGGGACUGGGUUCUUCUAUGUAAAGAGGAAACCUACUAAGAUCACCGAGAAGCUGGAAUUCAGGAAAUAUGAUCCUCGGGUUAAUCGUCAUGUUUUGUUCAAGGAAGCAAAAAUGAAGUGAGAAAUACAUCUCUGUUUUUCUCAUAUACUCUUAGUGGUCAAACUUCUGUUUCUUUUUUCUGCGGACAGUUAUGAUUUAACUUGCGAUAAAUUAAGUAUAAUUUGUUGUUGAAGAAUGAUGAUGCUUUUAUU